AGCUGCAAGUCCUCUCAACUCCCAACUGGUCUCCCUUCUCUUGUGCCAAUCCGAUUCCAAAUCUCUGCCAAAGUCGUAGAGAAAGUUCAUAUCUCUGAAAGAAACUCCUCCUCGGUCUUCUUGCUCCGAGGUAAAAUCUGCAAGUACAACCCCUAGAACCUAAUUUCUUAGGAAAAAAAAAAGAAAGUGCCCAAAACCCUGCCAAUGUCACACAAAGCCCUAGAUUCGCGGCCCUCCAUAGAGUCGUGUACUUUUCAGCUCCACACUUGGAGACCUUUCAAGUUCCAACCCAAAACCCUUGACUACUCCGACUCCCACCUCGCCACCACCACCACAAACCCAUCUUACUCAAAGCCCUACCACCACUACUCUGCUAAUGGGGUCCACACCAAGCGCCCCUGCCGUUCCGACCGCGCGACGUCCUUUUCCGUUGUCGACGCCGCCGCAAUCGACAUGUCCAAGCUCACCCUGAUCGAAGACGACAGGCCGAUCUCCACCGGCCACCACAAUCGCGUAAGCUUUGGAUUGUUCGCCAGGAAACGACGUCGCCGAGGGUCGAGAUCGGUUUCGGGUCGGAGCAGCGACAGGAGCAUCACCCGCCGGUGCUGCUCUGUGGGUGCAUCUGCAGCAUAUGGGACGUGCUCGGAUCUUCCGGUGACGGACUCGAGUGGAGAGCUGUUUGGGAAUGGGGAUGCGAAUUGGGCAUCCGAUGUGAGCGAAGCGAGGAAUUCGAGGAGGGAUAAGGAUGGAGGAGGAAGUGGGGAAAAGGAGACUACGGGUCAUGGGUUUGGGCCCGUUGGUGGUUUUGAUGCUCAGGGAAACGAGUCUGGGUAUGGUAGCGAACCCGGAUAUCGCGGGGACGCUGAAUUUGGGUAUGGGGACGAGCUCGAUGAGGAGGAGGAUGAUGCCAAAUUGCUGUUCUGGGGUGAGCGAUUUGGAGCAGAGGCACAUUCUAAAAUGGAGAUGGUUGGCGAGAAUACAUUCUCGGAUCAAAAAACCCAUUACAGAUGCCGGCGUAAGAAACAUGAUUGCAGAAUGGUGGAUUCACCUCGGUAACGGAGGAGCUCCUUUGUUUAGAGCCAAUUCUUCUGGCUUCCCAUCGGGCCAUCAGCAGGGUUUGUUGGCUCCUAGAUUGGAGCCAGUGCUGCACAAAUUAGCAAGUGAUUAUAACUUCUUCAUGGCGCUGUUGGAUACAGCUUUACCCAUAUGUUCAUAUCACCCGAACUCUGUCAGCAUAUAUCAGCAAUUGUAUCAUGCUCAAGGCUUUAAUGGAUGUUCAUUGUUAAAAUACGAGCAAAAAACUCUGGCUUUAUUUAUUGUAUACUUUGGUUUGUGAUUGAGCCACACCCGUUUGAAGCUGGUUAAUACUACACACGUGCUUUGCUGCCUUUAUU